AAGCCUUGCUGAGGACGAGCAAUCUUUCAAAACAGUUAUACGACACGUUCCUAAUUUCUUACAAAGACCGCAGACAAAUAUUUCUUCAAAAAAACAGGAAACCAAUAAAUUUAGACAUAAUAGUAAACAGAGCGAACUUUACACUGAAUACGAUUUGGGACGGGCUUUGCCUGUUUUACAUGAUCCAUAUUGGAUAAAUUCUGAAAACGUUGAAGUUUCUCGAGAAGCAAAUACAAUUUCUUUUUCUACAUCAGAAGCAGUUGGCGAGAUAGAUAGCAAUGUUAGAGACAAAAUCUCAUCGAUUUCCAGUUGUAAUCAAUGUGAUGUAGAAGUCCGAGUGACAGAAAAUCCUCAAUGUCUCAUUUGGGGUGACACUAAUAGACUACACAAAGAUCAAACCAGAAAUGUUAAACCUUCAACAGAACAACGACCUUUUGAAUCAUCAUCUCCUCCCACUAGAUGA